AUGGUAUUCCUUUGUUUAGUCAUUGGGGAUUUUAACUGUAUUCUUCGUUUGGAUGAGAAGAAGGGUGGUCUUGAACCUAGAACCUCAGCUAUUAAUGAGUUUUCAGAUUGGUUGGAUGACAACAAUCUUUUUGAAGCUGAUGCCUUGGGAAGUAAGUUCACUUGGACGAAUAGACAAUCAGUUUCUGACCAUUCUACUCUUUUGGGUUUUCCUUUUGCUGUUCCAAGACCCAAAAGAGCUCCUUUUCGAGUUCAAAAGAUGUGGUUCUUACAUUCUGAUUUCCUUCGUAUGGUUAGAGAUAGUUGGAAUAUGCCUAUUUCUGGGUCUUUUGAUUUUAUUUUCACUCAAAAAUUAAAGAGACUAAAAGGAAUUAUCAAGGAAUGGAAUCUUCGUGUUUUUGGUAAUGUGCAUUCUAGGUUAAAGCAGGAUCAGUUGAGGUUUGAGGCAGCUGCUCUUCUUUCUGAUGAUAACCCGGAUGACAUUACUAAGCUAAAUAUUAUGAAGGAUGCUAUGGCUAAACUUAAUGAUACUCGUGCUCAGUUGAAUACUAUGCUUAAGCAGAAAUCUAGAAAUAAGUGGCUUGUGGAGGGUUCAAGUAACACUAAUUUCUUUCAUAAUAGCAUUAGAAUUCGUAGAAGUUCUAACACUAUCUCUGAACUUGUUGACAGUGCAGGCAAUACUAUUUCUGAUUAUGAGCUGCUUAGAAAUCAUGUUGUGCACUAUUAUGAGGACAAGUUUAAUGGGCCGGAGUGGAGAUUGAUCCUAUUUUAUUUGACUAUGAUCAUAUUAGCAUCUCGGAGGAGGAAAGUUUAG